CUCUCUAUAUAUAUCCAUGCAUCCUGCAAGCAUUGCAAAAGCCAUCGGGGUUGCAUAGAUACAUAACACACAGAGCUAACAGAUAAACAACAUCAUCUGUAGAAGUAGAAGAGAAAAUGGCCUCGUCCUACUUCCUUCUUCUAACUGCUGUUCUAGCAGUGGUCUCAUGGCAAGCCGCAGCUUCAGAUCCAAGCCCGCUCCAAGACUUCUGCGUUGCAGACAACAGUUCACGUGUGCUUGUUAAUGGAUUCGUUUGCAAAGAUCCGAAGGAUGUGAAAGUUGAGGACUUCUUCCUGGCGGCCAAACUCGACAUGCCGAGGGAUACAAAGAACAAGGUCGGGUCAAAUGUGACUCUGAUCAAUGUCAUGAAGAUUCCUGGCCUCAACACUCUCGGCAUCCACCUCACACGCACCCCCGUGCUACAGAGAUCCUCACCGUGCUUGAGGGUGUUGGAUAUUUUGAUGAUCUAG